AGGCAACAGACAAGUAAAUAGUAAACAACAUUACAUCCAGCACAGACGUAUGCUAUUCUAUAGUCAGUAUGUUUUCGGUCUUUGCUAGUAUGGUUUCCUCGCUUUCGCUACUGGUUCAUAACCUUACAUUUCAAAUUCCCGCUUGAAUUAUUACGUAAUGAUGAUCAAGAUUAUUGUGCGUUGGUUGUCGGUAAUUUUCCCGCCAAAAUGGUUUUCGAUUUUUUCUUGAACUGUGGUCGGACUCCCACGCAUGUGGCUGCUGUACAAUAUAAGUGAAUUCUUGUAUGAACUCGAUGAUCCAUGCUCGUGGUAAUCUGAGGAAUUGGAUAGAAUUGGUGAAACUUCAUGAUUUCAUUUUCCCAGGGUCAUAUUGGAGACGUUCCCUUUGAAAGUGCUGUUGGCUGGAUGAAAAAUCAUUUUUCUGGAACGACUCCAUGGUAUCCUGCUUUCAGGCAGUCGAGAUAUAGCGAAGAUGGUAUUAUGGACCAAGACGUAGAAGGAGAUGGUGCUAUUAAUCUAUCCACCUCUCAAAGACCUUCUGCUUCGACCACGCCAAAUGAAAGUGUUCAUCAGGACGACAUGGAGCAGGCAGCAUCGUUAGAGAAGGUUCUAAAGGAACAACAACAGCACCAACAACUCGAACUAGAACGCAGUUGGGACCAAGAACGAGACUUCAAGGGAAAUGGAAACAGCACUCCCACAUCAGAAUCAAGAUUGCAAGAGGCCACACCGUCACCAUCAUCAGAUACGCAGAAAAAUUUCACUGCAACAGUGCCUCCAAUAUCACAGACACAAACUCCUGUGCCCCAGGCUCAAAUUAUGAACGCACCAAGCUCUAACUUACACCAUAUUCUGCAGCAACAUGUCCUUAGUCCCUCCCAAUUACAAAAUUUGAUGAAGCAGCAUACAAUUCUACAACAGCAACAGCACCAGCAACAUCAGUUAGUCGAAUUGGGGAAGAAACAGAUCGAGCAGACGAUCCAGCAGUUGCAAGAACAACUCCAGUUGAAUCUCAUCCAGCAGACACAUAUCCUUCAGAGUCCAGACAAGAAGAAGGCCUCUUCAUCUCUCCAGCAGCUUGGAUUGCAGCAGCAACAAAUAAUACAGCAAUUACAGCUCAUGCAGAGGCAAUACGUUGGUUAUCAAGGCAUAGGCAUGCAGCCCCUCAUGGUGACGCCUGGUCAAGGUCUUAAUGCAAGAGAAGUGUCGAACCAUUGGAAGGACAUUGGCGAGCCACACCAUCUUUCGAAUAAGACUCCAUCUGAUAUAAAUGAUAAUUCACCGGGGUUGUUGGGAGUAGUUCCGAACAGAAUAAAAAGGGAGGACUCCUCAGAAGAAAAGCCAGACAGAACGACUACACCAGAAAGGGUUCACCAUCUGUACGGGCAUGGGGUGUGUAAAUGGCCAGGUUGUGAAGCAAUAUGCGAAGAUCUGCAGGUUUUCAUCAAGCACUUGAACACAGAGCAUAAUUUGGACGACAGGUCUACUGCCCAGGCUCGUGUCCAAAUGCAAGUAGUGUCACAAUUAGAACUUCAACUUCAGAAGGAAAGAGAUAGACUGACUGCUAUGAUGCAGCACCUGCACCUAUCGAAGCAGCUUGGUGCCAUGGACCAAUUGAAGGAGGGUUCAGGGCAGCUGACCCCGAAACUAUCUGUGGGUUCAACGACUCCUCAGCCACCUGUUUCCAUAAACCACAUGGUAUCAGCUAUAAGGUCUCCGGUAUUGCAUGCGGCAUCUCCUCAAAUGGGUGGACCAAUCAGAAGAAGAUUGAGCGAUAAAUCUGCGUUAUCUUUGGCGGGAGAGAUUCAAAGGAAUAGGGAAUUUUACAAGAAUGCCGACGUUAGGCCACCCUUCACUUACGCCUCUCUCAUAAGACAGUCAAUUAUAGAAUCUCCAGACAAACAGUUGACGCUGAACGAAAUCUACAAUUGGUUCCAGAAUACGUUCUGUUAUUUCAGAAGGAACGCUGCCACUUGGAAGAAUGCGAUACGCACCAAUCUGUCACUCCACAAGUGUUUUGUGCGUUAUGAAGACGACUUUGGGUCAUUCUGGAUGGUCGACGACGCUGAAUUCGUCAAGCGGCGACAUCUGUCGCGUGGACGGCCGCGGAAAUAUGACCCAACCCCGUCACCCACUCCACCCUACUUUGCACAGGGAGUUUCAAAAAGUCCAACAUCGAACCACAGUCCAACGUUAUACGGUGAACAUAUAUCUUCGAAUAUUCAGGCUUCGCUGAUGGAAGACAACAACUUCUCAUUCAUGACUGGAGGUCCUUCCAUAUUAAACAGACCAAGAGACAGAUCGGAAUCCCCAGCUAUAGAUUCACAUCUGAGGUCUCAAAUGAACGGGGGGCUACACGUGAAGCAAGAGGCUAUGAUGAGCCACGAGCAUCAUACCGUGAGAGAAUCAGACCAAAUACACCACCUCAUCAAGAGGGAAGUUCAUUCGGAUCACGAAGAUGUAAAAAGAGAACAACCUCAAGAAAAUAUGGCAGAAGAUCUGAGUGUUUCAACUGAGCAGAAUUUGAACGCUAUGGAAGCGUAGUGUGUGAACGAAGAAGUGUUAUGAAAGAUUUACACAUAAAAAUGUUGUUAUUGAAGUACUCAAAGCAAAUUGCAGUCGUUUCAUGAAUGGAAACAAACAUUGACGCUUGAUUGAAAAUGCGAAAUGCAGAAGCUGGUUUGAGAACAACUAUAUUUUCGAAAAAGGGCGCCAAGAAAACCUACUUUGAGAAGCUAUUAAAUGUUAUUUUUAUAUUCACAUCACAUUUUGCAUUGACAGAAUAAUUCUUUAUAUAACCAUUGGCGUACUUUCUAGUCGAAAUGAGAUGAGAAAAACUUGAGGACUAAUGACUCAUAUAAGUAUUAAUAAUUUGAUUGAAAUUUGUUCUUCACAUCAUCAAAUGUUAGUUGGAGAGCUAGGAAAACUCUACAAAUGUCCCUUUGUUUCUCCAUGAUCAAUUUUCAGCCAAAUGUAUAUAACUAUUAGACAUAUCAAUAUCAAUUAUCCAAAAAAAUCGCCAAAUGAUUUGUUUUUCCAAUAUAUUUUAUUUUUAUUGUCGAAAAGACUGCCAAAAUCGCGAUUUGUUUUACGUACUUCGAUAUCUUCAAAGCUUUCUUUCUCUUUUCUGUAGAGUAUUAGGGUAGAGGAAAUAUGUAGAAAAUGGACUGAAUAGAACGAAUGGACAUCAAAAUUUGUACAGUUGUGUGUGUACAUAGACAAGUUACUUUUAAUGAAGCGUGUUUAAUUACUGUUAUUAUUAUAUAUUUAAAUGAUGUGAUGAUCAGUGUGAAAAAUUAUUUUGUUAAGUAUACAGGGUUAUUUGUUAUGUGUUGAAUUCGGCAGAGCCGAAUGUUUUAGAUAACAUGAAAAGAACAUAUCGAAGGAUGCGAAAAGAGGCUACAAAGCAGAAGAAAACUAUGUAUCUCGAAUAAUAACGACAAGACUCCAUUUUCGAAAUAUCAAUAGAGGUCGUUUACUUAUCUUCAGUGGAAAACGAAAUCUAGUUAAAUGUUUUGUGGCUUUUUAGCCUCUAUUCUUAUUAUCUUUCGAGAAAAUGUUCAGCUGCAUCCGGUUGUAUUUGGAUGCAUGUAUAAUUGUUGAGUACAAUAAAUUUGUACUCAUUUCGUCUUUUAAAAUCAAUACUGUGCUCAUAUAGUGAUGCAUAAUAAGCAAUAUUGUAAAUUUUUAUCGUUAAGCAUUUGACUUACUAUAUUCGACCUUCAAGCGAGGAAAUUUGUUCCAUAUCAUUAUAUUUACUAUAUCAUAUAUCAGUGUAAAAAUAUGAUGUACCUAGUUGAAACAUUUUUCAUAUAUUUACAUUAUCUAUUACGAUUAGAUGAUUGUUCCAUCAACUUUUUGAUUUUUGGACUGAAUGUUACUUUUGUAGUGAAAAUUAUUUUUUACUUAUGAGGUAAUUGCUCAAGGUGUUUCAUUAACUUCAAGAGUAACUAUCCAGAAACAGAUAAAGGGAUGGCCCAGACUGCACUUUUAAAAAUCCAUUUCAUUAUCAUACGUUCAAAUACAUGCAGAAUUAUUUAGUCCAACAAUCAUCUAUGUUACUCCGUCUACUUUUCUACCUAUGAAACGCAUUUACCACACCAGUAGAUUCGAAAUUGGAUGAAAAAACAUUUGAUGCUCAAAUUUUAUUAUUUUUUGUAUCUGAAAAAUCGUUCUAUGAUUUCGUAUUUCGCGAAUAAUAAAAAUAUAUUGGAAUGAACAUAUGGAGGAGGAAACUCUGCGUGAAGGAUUUCCUCAGUCGUUCUCAAUCUCGUCGGGAAUUUGCAUGAGACUGGGAAGAAAUUAUAUUGUUAGUCGAUUUUUUUUAUUGUUUCGAAAUUUGGAUUAAUCGUUUAUUUGACAAAAUUUGGAGAACAAUAAUUGCCAAAAAUGUGCAUUCAUGUGAUAAUAGUUUAGUUUUCAACCUUAAUUACUUGUAGAAAUUGUUAGAUAGGUUGAUACUUUAAGAAUAGUAUUGCAUGAAAUUCUUUGAUACAAUUGACGAGAAAAAAAUUAAUGGAAAAAAUUAUACGCUCAUUCGAAUUUCCAUAUUCUAAUCAAAAGUCACAUAUCAAAUUGUUCAUGGAAGUUGUGCGCUUUUACUGUUUCACAUCAGUGAAUUCCUUUUUAUAUUCAGUUUUCAGCUGGCCAUCAUUUCUUCAUGUAAUUCAAUGUACGAACUUCUCAUGUAAUAGUAUUUCUCAUUUGUUCAAUAUAAUUACAAAGCUC